AUGUCGACACUCAUGAGAACGCUGCGCAACCUGCGCCGAGUCGGUCUUAAGGAAUAUGCCCACCAAAUGGCGAACAUCGGUGACACCAAAGCUGGAACCUUGAUCGGCCAGGACAAGUACGGCAACAAGUUCUUUGAGAACUUGGAGGAGGAGCUUCCCCUCCGAACCCGCUGGGUUGACUACAAGGACAAGGAGUUCGAUCCUUCUCAGAUCGAACCCGGAUGGCACGCCUGGAUGUCAUACAUGGUCGACAAGUCACCAGCCACAGACAAGCUUCUACAGCGCGAGAUCCGCGUCUGGGAGCCAAAGGAGCACAGGCCGACCCUCACAUGGAGCCGUUCAGGAUACAAGCCUUACAACACCGUGAAGCCCAAGUACUCUCCAUGGACACCCGUCGCCAAGGCCCGACAGUAG